AUGGUAGCUGUACGGCAGAUGAAAAAUGUUUUCAUUGGCUUUAUUGUAAGUUUUUAAGCAUUAUUUAUAUAAUGUUUUGUUUCAAAUCUUUGAACUUUUUAAAAAGGCUUAUAAAACGACUUAAUGGUAUGAGGUAUGGGGACCAAUGCAGGUGCCAAGCUUUGGCUUGAGCCACGUCUGUUGGGCCUACACGUGCUGACUCGGACUUUUUAAAGUUUUUAUUGACCCGGCUUCAGGUCUAGGUAGGAAAGUCAUUGUUCUUUUUUAAAAACUUUUACUUUAUUAGCUUUGAAUAAAAAUUCUUAUUAAAGAAAUUAUUUUAAAUUUAAUUUUUUCAGUUUGUACUAGUAUGUGUUGCCAUACCCAUAUCAGUUUAUACUGGGCAUUCAGAUGUAAUACUAUCUAAAUUAACAGGUAAGUAUUGUAUUACAUUGUUAGAUAUUGUUAUUCCUAUCAAAUUUUAGAUAGAAUGUAAUUUAAAAUGUAUUAACUUUUGACCUUUUUAACUUUUAUUUUCUAAUUCAACUACAAUAAUAAAUAUUAUAUUAAGCGAUAUUAUGUGUAACAUAGGGUUUCUUUGCGGAAUGUAUGUUUACAUUUUUUGUAUCUUGAUUACAAUUAUAUGGUUUCACGUUUAAUGCACUAUCUGUUACAGAAAUAACAUUGCAGUAACGACUACAAGAAUAGAAAUGAGCAAACCUUGUAUUUUAGCAAAAUUUUACUAUUUACAGGUUUCAAACUUUCCAAAAUUUUAAAUUAACUUUAAAAAUAAAAAUUAUUUAUUAUAGUAAGGUAAUUUUUCAGAUUUUAAAGUCAACUUUGUACCUAAAUUAUCACAAGUGGUACAGGAAAGUACAAGUGAAAGCAAAAGUGAGGAAGAAGAUGAUGUUGAAGAAGAAGCAGAAGUGGAUAAUAAUGAUGUAGAUGCUACAAAAAACCAGCAUUUUAAAAUUGUUGAGCCAACCGAGUUUUUUAAUUUUACAUUAACACAUCCUUUUGAAAAUAGCUGUAAAACGCCUUUUAUACUGCCAAGUAAGUAAAAUGUAAUUAAAAUCAGUUUUUCUAUUUUAUUUUACAAUGACAUAGCCAAACGUUAACAUUAUGAGUUUUGUUGUAUAAAAAAUUUUAGUCGAGCCAGACAUAGAAACCUAUGUCAAACAUUACAGACGAGUAAACUGCAAACAUAAUCGAACAAAUGUGCUGGUGGAACAGUUGGUUGAUGGUGAUAUUGUUGUCAGUUACUCUCAUGAUUACACAGGGGCUAAGCCGGUGAAAUGUAAAAUGAUUGAACUGUCAGGAACGCUGAAGAAAGACAAAAAUAGAAUUUUUCAAGUCAAGCCAUGGGUUGAGGUAAGUUAACUCAAUUUUUUAGGCUAUUCUACUAGAACUAGGCAGGAGCUUCUGGCAUGGGAAGAACGGGUUGAGAGAGGGGAAAGAAGGGAAAAAAGGGGGUGGGUGUUUUUUAGUACAAUCAAUGUAAUUUUUUAGCUACCGUUUAAUAAACGUCUGACGAUUGACAAGAACAACUUUUUGAUCAAAUGUACUGACAAGAAGCAAAAGGGUAAGAAAUUGAUUCAGAUUUUAAAAAAGUCAAAAAUAAAAUUUUUCAAAAAAAUUUUUAGUAUAUUAUUUUAAAUUUCAGUAGUGUUCAAAAACGUGUAUGCAAAUGUGAAACCUAUGAACCCUUUGCCACCACUGAUCUCAGAUAGCCCAAAAAGUUUUGGAGUGAACAUAGUAGUGUUUGACAGUACAGCACGAGCUCAGUUCUUGAGGCACAUGCCUGAAAGUGUUGAGUUCAUGAAGCGGUAUAACUUUACUGUACUUUAUGGGCAUAAUAAAGUAAGUUUUGAUUGUUUUACAAUUUAAGAAAGCUAAAUUUUAGACUUGUGGUUAUUAAGUUUGAGCCAAUUUCAGUGGUUUUUUAUUGUUUCACCUUGAUGUUCGAACUUUAAAACCUCUAUUUUAAGUACUAUAAUAAAAACUAAGCUAGUUAAAUAUAAAGAAUCUAAAUUUAUAUCUUAUCAAACACAUAAUCUUACUGUAACCUCCACAAAAAGCCAAGAAACAAUGAUUAAAAUUAGAAAGCUUAUCCGUUCCUAACCGUGUUCAGUCAAUUAGCUCGAAUUAAGGAUUAGUGGACUGGAAUGGGUUAAAUUUAGCCGAGUGGGAUAGCCGAACAAAGAGAUUGUCGUGGUUAACAUUUUUGCCCAAAUUGGCUUAAAUUACACCGGAUUAACCGUACAUAGUUCUCUAUCUUGCUAUGUAUGUGGGAUUUGACAUUUCCAUAUUUGGUAUGUACGCACGUUUACCGUAUGUAAAGCUUGUGUAAGCUUAUUAGUGUUAUAUAGGCUUUAUAUUAAGAUAGAGGAAAGCUGAUAUUUCUAUGUGUAGCUAUAUGUUUUGUCAAUCUUUUGUAAGGUAGUGUAGAAAUACUAUGUCCAAUAGUCUCAGAUACCUAAAUUUAUAAUUUUUUCCUUAGUAAUGAAAUUUAUGUAUAUGUUAUCACACAAAGAAACAAAGAUACCACAGCUUCUAUAUAUAGGUUUAGAGAUACGGUUAUCGUCAGCCGAGGGGGCGACACAGGAUUAACGGUAAUUUAAAGAUAUUUUAUGUUAAGAUUAAAUGAGUGGGCGAUGACGGUGUUCAUAGAGAUAAAAGUGUUAUAAAAAACUAAAAUAACUUGAGUUACUGUAAAUACGUUAUAACACAGAUAUAUAUGAUUACAGCAACUAUCGCAUUUGGUUUUUGAGACAACGCAAAAUGAAAGGUGUGGUAGGGUACGGUGAGAUAGAGUAACGUGAGAUAUUAUGACCUUUAAUAGGGUAAGGUACUAUAAGGUAAAGUACGACAGAGUAGAGCAGUGUAUAAGUAAAUCAAUGCACACAAACCACAUGUGUACAUAUGUAACAAGGUGUGCUACAAAACAAAAAAGCGUAACAAAGAUUUUAUAUUACACUAACUGAUUUUUGUUUUUAAAGAUACAUUUUAAAGAGUCUUACUCAAAUUUUUUUUUAAAACCGAAAAAUUGUAUUGUUAGAGCUUUCAAAACUUUUCAAAAGAUGUAACAUUGCAUCAACCACACAAACCGUGCUGUAUUGUACAAAACAAAACGGUAUGCUUACGCUGUGCCAUGUUGAAAUACAUCAUCAUGUGAAGCAUAAACAAAGCAUGACAUUAUGUCGUGUACAAAAGAAACAGGAAGCUGUUACAAUAAGCAGGAAAUGAGUGACAAGCCAUUUAAAAUGGAUGAGAUUGCUAAUAAUAACUGUAGUACAACAAGUUAAUUUAAUUUUAAUUUGGAACGGAACGACUAAUCAAGGCUCUGGAUAUUAGGCUUUAAAUAAAGAGUAUUAAUUACUGAGUGGGUUCGAAAGUAAUUAGGACAUGAUUUGCAGAGUUAUUUUUGAUACAAUUGAUUUAGAGGGAUUGAUGUUUAAAGUGGUUAGCAAUAUAGUAAUGUAGUCUAGGGUACCUUUGUAUAAUGGUUAGACUCAAUUUUCAGAUCGGUUGAAUACGGUUCAAGAGUCGGAAUCGGUCCCAUACGUUAUUGACCGGACUAAACCUUUCAACAACUAAAUCUCUGAUCGGAUUAACGGCCACUGCAAAUCUUACCUCAAAAAUAAACCAAACUCAACAUGCAUAAGCGAUAUGUUACCUUGCUAAUUCUAUCUUCAGGUUGGUGACAACUCAGCCAUAAACCUAGUGCCACUUCAUGCUGGUCGUGUCUUUCAUGCUGAUGUUAGGGGUCUUGAUGAUCGUAUUCGGCCUGAAAUGGAGAUACCAAAAAGUGAAUUGAAGAAGAAUUACUGGGACAACUCUGACUUUUUAAUUCAAAAAAUGAAGGACCUUGGAUGUGCUACGCUUUGGAACGAUGACAUUGGAAACAAAAACUACGGGUUAUUAAAUUAUUAUCAAUUCAACGGGUUUUACAAGCCUCCAGCUAACUAUUAUUAUAGGUAAGGUGUCAACAAAGGCCACGGUUUUAAAAAUUUCAAAAAAAAUUUUUUAAAUUUGUCGGUUUCAAGAAUCGACUGAUUUUUGAAUCUUUCGUAUGUUUUGAAGCUCGAGUUUCGUGGUAUAGUGUAAUAGGAGCCUAUCUUACAUGAUGUUUUCCAUAGCGCUUUACCGUGACAAUAAGUCAAAAUCAAUACUAAAACUUUAUAUAAUUUUAUCAUUUUCAGACCCUUCUACUCCUACAUAUACGAAAACUUUAAAUAUGCUCACACAUGUGUAGCCCACGACUUCCUAGGACAACGUUACAUCGAAAUUUGGGAGAAAUUCGCUGCAAAAUUUCAAAAAAACUGUCAUUUUGGAUUCAACUUUUUCACAGCUUUAACUCACUCAAAGACAUCUCACCUCGAAUUAUACGAUCAUCACUUUGCAAACAGUUUGAAGAGAUUAGCUGAAAGUACGGAUUUGUUCGAAAACUCGUUUUUAUUCGUUAUGGGCGAUCAUGGACAGAGGAUGGUAUGGUUUAUACUUGACUUUAUAAUUACCUGAGUAUCUUUUAUAGUUGUUGAAAAAGGUUUUUAUCAAAACGUAUUUCGGUUAUUCAAGUAUUUUUCAGUUGAUAAAUUUUUAGUUCACAGUAGUUGAAAAGAUAUAACUUUAGGAAUUGAUUCAAAAGAAAUAUACUGGUCGAAUUGAAGAAAGAAUGCCGAUGGUUGGUGUCUAUGUACCACCAAGAUUCAGAGAAAUGUAUCCAGAGAAGUAUCAGAAUUUGCUCAAAAAUCAAGUCAGUUUUACUUUUUUUUGUGAAGGUUUCAAUAGAGUAGGACUCUUGUAUAACAAGCUUCUUUAUAAUGAAAACCUUGGUAAACAUACUAAGCUCCUGUAUAACUUAAAGGUUAACAAUACACAGUGCAUUUAAAACAUCUUUUUAACAAAACUGCUUUAUAAAAAAAAUUUAUGUUCUCUGAGCGACUUGUUGUGCUGGAAGAUUUAAAACUUGUUUGUUGUAAAGGAGUUUCAUCAUACAAGAGUUUUAAAUGCACUGUGUAUUCAUGAACUUAAAAGCUUUUCGCUAUACGGGAUUUUCGUUAUCGCAAAGUUUGUUAUACAGGAGGUGCAGCUUGUCCUUAGUAAGGCUUAUAAAACAUCUAAAAACCUUAAAGUAUAUAACUGCAACACGUAAAAACUACGUUAUCACAUUAUUUUUGCAUAGUUUUACGUUAUACUGCACGUUUCAUUAGCUAUUUUCUACGCCUGCAACCUUACUCAUACGCAAAGCCUGCCCUAACCUUCGUAAUAUGGCUAAUAUAAAAUUAGCAUAAGAAAUUUGAACUUAACAUAAUAGGCUUAAUAUACUGAACAUAGUUGAUUCAGUUCGGUCAGGGUUCAUUUCAUUGUAUUGACAUUGUUUAUGCCACCGUAAGCAUGUUUAUAUUAUAGUACGUGCAUUAUAUUUUAGUAGGGGCAUUAUGUUAUAGUAGGAGCGCUAUAUUAUAGUAGGGUAUUAUAUUAUAGUAGGUGUAUUGUUCGUGUCAUAGUAGGUGUAGAAUACAUCAAGAUAUCAUAGCGUAAUGAUGUGAUACAUGUUACCGAGAAUUAGCAGAUUAAAUGUAAAUUUACAAAAAAUAGAUUAACUUGUGCACGUUUUGAGUAUAUGAUGUUUGGGAAACAUACGGCGGAAGCAUUACCGUAAUUUCUAUUUUCGUAUCUUUAUAAUUCGAUAUUACAUUGUGAUAGUAGGAGUGGGCUUUGAUGUGGAAAAGUUUUGCACAGAGUUUGAGAGUUUAGUCGUGUCACGAUUGGCAUUUAACCAGAUUUAAAUGUUGUAAAAUUUGCAUUUGGCAUGUAGAGGAAGAAAAGUUUUUAAAAUUAAAGACCAAACGAUAUGGAAGUUACUAUAAUAUUUUGUUCAUAAUACAGUAGGAACGUUAAAGUUUAACUUUAACAGCAUAAAUAGCAAGCGUAAACAGGUAAUGUACGGAGGUUGUAAAACGUGGAGUAUAGAUGGCUUUAUUGGAAGGUCUUUGCCCUGCCUUUACCUUGCUUUUGCCUUGUUUUUGCCUUGCCUUUGCCCUGCCUUUGUCCGGCCUUUGCUCUGCCUUUGCCCUGACUUUGCUCUGCUUUUGCCGUGCCUUUGCCUUGCCUUUUCCCUACUUUUGCUUUGGCUUUGCCCGGUUUUGCCCUGUCUUUGCUUUGCCUUUGUUCUGCUUUUGCUCCGCCUUUGCUUUGCCUUUGUUUUGCCAUACCAAACCAUAAAAUAAUGCCUUGUGCUUUGUACGCAAAAGGGCAUAACAAGGUGCUGGCAAGACAUAAAAUUUCUAUUGUUUUGUUUUGUAAUCAGACCGAUACCUAUUUUUUGAGAUAGUAGGUUUUCUGCUAUUAGGCUCACAGUUCAAAGUUUAAAAUAUAAAUUUUUUAACCAAAAGUAGUGUAGCAGAACACCUUGUAAUCAAUUUACACAAAGUCAUGUAAAUAUAAAUUAACUUUUAAAAUUUAGAACCGUCUAACAACAAACUUUGAUCUCCAUGACACAUUACGUGAGAUACUAGACUUAACUGAACAUUCUGGAGGCCCAGUAGGAAACUCAUUGCUCAAGGAAAUAUCAACAGAUAGAAACUGCAAAGAAGCUCAUGUACCGGAAAACUUUUGUAUGUGUAUGGUUGAUGCUGGGAAGGAUUGGCUUGAUGAAGUUGAUGUGGUAUGUUUUAUAAGCUUUUAAGUUGUUUUUAGUAUCUUGUUUUAGUACGUACUCAUUAUCGUUUCAUUUACACUAAGCUAGAUUUAAAGUAUUAUAUAACUUAUAUGUUGAGGUUUUAUAUGUUUGUAAGACUAUGUUAUAGUAGCAAAAAAGCUAGUUUGAGCUUCUGAACAAAUAAUCUGUAAUGCAUAUUUGUGCUUCAACUAUUUGUCUACCAAACUCAGCCUACGGUUUCUCUCAAUGACUGUAAAAUUAGAUUGACAGCGUAUUAGGAAACCAUACCACUGCCUUCGUAUUACAAUCGUAUUCAGGAAUGUUACGGUACGGACAUUAAUCGGGUGCCCAACGUGACUUGA